CCGAGGACGAUGUUAAAGUUUAUUGGUGUUCGCGCUUAAGGUCAUAUAAAUACGAUAUCCAUAGUCCAUACUCAAAUCCACAUCAAGAUGGGAAAGUAUAAAAGGAAAAGUGACCGAGAACUAAAAUUUACUCAGGAAAUGUUAGUCCAAGCUCAACAACGUAUUGCAAAAGGAGAGAGUAAAAGAUCAGUAGCUAAAUCAUUCAAUGUCAACGAGUGUUCGCUCAGAAAAAGACUACGUUUGGGCACUGUUCCAGCAAGUUUGGGAAGGUUUAAACCAAUAUUUACGGCAGAACAAGAGAAAGAAUUAGCGGACCAUAUUCACGAACUUGAUAUCCGUUUUUAUGGAUUACGCGUUAGGGAUGUAAGAUCUUUAGCGUACCAGUUUGCGGAAGUCAGUCAUAUUUCGUACCGAGCUAAUACAGAAAAAAAAAAUGGCGGGCAAACAUUGGGUUCAAGCCUUUGCCGCACGAAAUUCAUUGUCCGUGAGGAGUCCAGAAAAAUGUAGCCUAGCUCGCACUAUUGGGUUUAAUAAAAUACAAUGCGACAGAUUCUUUCAAAAUUUAAAAUCUGUUUAUUCGAAAACAAAUGCUCCAACACAUAGAGUCUUUAACAUGGACGAGACUGGGCUUUCGACGGUCCCAAACAAACUUCCCAAGGUCUAUGCUCCCAAGGGUAAAAAAACUGUUUCAAAAGUAGUCUCUGCCGAAAGAGGCCAAUUAGUCACCGCUGUCUGCUGUAUGAGCGCUUCGGGUAUCUGGGAGCCACCGGGACUUAUUUUCGCCAGAAAGCGCAUGAAGGAUGAGCUGUUUUAUGGCGCACCAGUAGGUACAUUAAAGAUGAUUUCGGAUACUGGAUAUAUGAAUUCGGAAUUGUUUGUAACUUGGUUAAGACAUUUUUGCGAAUUCGUAAAGCCAACCAAAGCCGAUCCAGUGGUAUUGAUAUUAGAUAACCAUGUGUCCCAUUGUUCGCUAGAAGCCAUUUUAUUUGCUAGAGAGCAUUCCAUCAUUCUUUUAACUUUGCCUCUCCACGGAAGCCACAAGAUCCAACCUUUGGAUCGCAGUUUUUUCUUCCCAUUAAAGUCAGCCUUUGCAAAUGAAUGUGAUAAGUGGAUGGUGAACAACGCUGGCAAAGCUAUCAUUUUUAUUGGAAAAAACAAGUUAAGUGCGUACUCUUGAGUGAUCCUCCCCUACUAAGAUUAGGUUAUUAGGAGCAGAUAUUUGGUUUCUUAAAUCAUGCAAAGCCAAUUCCGUGUAUCCUAGUUUUAUUAAAGUUGAUAUUCCGAAACGUAACGUUAGUGAUAAGGUAGAGAAAAUUGCAAAACAAAAAUGGCUUGAUUUAGAAAUCAAAUUUCUGUAUAGUAAACGAAAUAUAUGCUUUAAAUUGAAGCCUACGGACUUUACAAAAGACUUACUUAUAAGCUAACUAAUGUAGAGUAUGAAUGUUUGUAUCUCUUCAGAGAAAUAUGUUUGUGGUUAUCAAUUCAAAGUUUGUUAAGAAAA